AUUCCAAGUUCCAGAGAGAUCGCAUAAGGUUCGGAAAUGUUGAAUUUCUCUCUCUGAUGACACACCCUCUCCUCCAUUUCCAACUGCCAACACACACACACUCACACAAACAAACACACCUUCUCUAUCGUCUCUCGCGUUUUCAUAGUCGCCAUAAAAAAUAAAAAAAAGACAUCUCUCUCUCUCUCUCUCUCUCUCUCUCUCUCUAUCACUUUGAUCAUUUUCUGUGAAUAGAAAGAUGGCGGGAAAUGAUUGGAUAAACAGUUACUUGGAGGCGAUCCUGGACGUCGGGCCGGGUCUGGACGACCCGAAGAAAUCGUCGCUGUUGCUUCGAGAGAGAGGACAUUUCAGUCCCACUCGAUACUUCGUCGAGGAAGUCAUCACCGGCUUCGAUGAGACCGAUCUCCACCGAUCCUGGGUUCGAGCUGCGGCCACCAGGAGUCCACAGGAGAGGAACACGAGAUUGGAGAACAUGUGUUGGCGGAUUUGGAAUUUGGCUCGCCAGAAAAAACAGUUUGAGGGAGAAGAAGCUCAGCGUGAAGCUAAGCGCCAUCUUGAACGUGAAAGAGGCCGCAGAGAGGCAACAGCUGAUAUGUCAGAAGAUUUGUCUGAGGGUGAAAAAGGAGAUUUGGUUGGUGAUCUUUCAGCUCAUGGUGAUAGCACUAGAGGAAGAAUGCCUAGAAUCAGUUCUGUUGAUGUUAUGGAGAACUGGGCCAAUCAACAUAAGGAGAAGAAACUCUACAUUGUGUUAAUAAGCCUUCAUGGCCUGAUACGUGGUGAAAACAUGGAGCUUGGUCGUGAUUCUGAUACAGGGGGUCAGGUCAAGUACGUGGUAGAACUUGCCAGGGCCUUAGGUUCAAUGCCAGGUGUUUAUCGGGUUGACUUGCUGACAAGACAAGUGUCAGCUCCAGAUGUAGAUUGGAGUUAUGGUGAACCAACAGAAAUGCUCAAUCCAGUAAACUCUGAGAAUUCAAUGCAGGAGCAUGGGGAGAGUAGUGGGGCAUAUAUAGUCCGUAUACCAUUUGGCCCAAAAGAUAAAUAUAUUCCUAAAGAACUCCUUUGGCCCUACAUUCCUGAAUUUGUUGAUGGUGCACUUCACCACAUUCUACAGAUGUCCAAAGUUUUGGGCGAGCAAAUUGGUGGUGGGCAACCAAUCUGGCCUGUUGCAAUCCAUGGACAUUAUGCAGAUGCAGGUGACUCUGCUGCUCUCCUGUCAGGAGCUUUAAAUGUACCUAUGCUUUUUACUGGCCAUUCUCUAGGACGAGAUAAGCUUGAACAACUUUUAAAGCAAGGACGACAAUCAAGAGAAGAGAUAAAUUCAACAUACAAAAUAAUGCGGCGGAUAGAAGCUGAGGAGCUAGCUCUUGAUGCAACAGAAAUUGUUAUAACCAGCACUAGACAGGAGAUAGAACAGCAAUGGCGCCUAUAUGAUGGCUUUGAUCCAAUACUAGAACGCAAACUGAGAGCAAGAAUAAAAAGGGGUGUGAACUGUCAUGGCAGGUUUAUGCCUCGCAUGGUUGUAAUUCCACCUGGGAUGGAAUUCCACCAUAUUGUUCCACAUGAUGGUGAUAUGGAUGGAGACGUGGAAAGAAAUGAAGAUAGUCCUUCUUCUCUUGACCCACCAAUUUGGUCUGAGAUUAUGCGUUUCUUUUCCAAUCCGCGCAAGCCUAUGAUACUUGCCCUUGCGAGAGCAGACCCUAAAAAGAAUAUUACAACUUUAGUCAAAGCAUUUGGAGAAUGCCGCCCAUUGAGGGAACUUGCUAACCUUACAUUAAUCAUGGGAAACCGUGAUGAUAUUGAUGAAAUGUCUAGCACAAAUGCAUCUGUUGUUCUGUCAAUUCUUAAGCUGAUUGACAAAUAUGAUCUCUAUGGACAAGUGGCAUACCCUAAACACCACAAGCAGUCUGACGUUCCUGACAUUUAUCGUCUAGCGGCAAAAACCAAGGGUGUUUUCAUCAAUCCGGCUUUCAUUGAGCCAUUUGGGCUUACUUUAAUUGAGGCAGCAGCUUAUGGUUUGCCUAUUGUUGCCACAAAGAAUGGUGGUCCUGUUGAUAUUCAUAGGGUUCUUGACAAUGGUCUACUUGUUGACCCCCAUGAUCAGCAGUCUAUUGCAGAUGCUCUUCUGAAACUUGUUUCAGAUAAGCAACUUUGGGCAAAAUGCCGGCAGAAUGGACUGAAAAAUAUUCACCUUUUUUCAUGGCCAGAGCAUUGUAAGACAUACCUAUCUCGAAUAGCCAGUUGCAGACCAAGGCAGCCACAAUGGCAAAAAAGUGAUGUUGAAUAUGACAAUUCAGAAACGGAUUCACCCGGUGAUUCCUUGAGAGAUAUACAAGAUUUAUCUUUAAACUUGAAGCUUUCAUUGGAUGGUGAGAAAAUUGAAGGGGGUUCCAAUCUUGAUAAUGUUUUAGAUACUGAAGAAAAUGCUGUUGAUGAAAUAAGUAGAGCAGAAAAUGCUGUUUUGAAAUUGUCUAGGGGUGUUAUAGAAGGCACACAAAAGGCUGCAUCCGCAGAGAGAGCAGACAAUAAUGUCGGCCCUAGUAAAUUUCCAGCAUUGAGAAAGAGGAAGUAUAUAUUUGUAAUUUCUGUGGAUUGUGAUACAACCUCAGAUCUUCUUGAAAUUAUUUCAACAGUUGUUGAGGUAGCAGGGAAGGACAGGGAUGCAGGAUCCGUUGGGUUCAUAUUGUCAACAGCCUUGACCAUAUCAGACAUACACUCUCUUUUGAUCUCAGGAGGCUUGAGCCCAACCGAAUUUGACGCUUUUAUCUGUAACAGUGGUAGUGAGCUCUACUAUCCAUCAUCAAGCUCUGAGGACAGUCCUUCUGGGCUUCCCUAUGUGGUAGACUUGGAUUAUCGUUCACACACUGAAUACCGCUGGGGUGGAGAGGGUUUGAGGAAGACUUUGGUACGUUGGGUUGCUUCUAUCAAUGAUGGAAAGGCAGAAGGACAACUUGUUGAGGAAGAUGAAUCAGGAUCGACCAUGCAUUGCUAUGCAUUUAAAGUGAAAGACCCAUCAUUGAUUCCCCCAGUUAAGGAACUUCGGAAAUUGAUGAGAAUUCAGGCUCUCCGAUGUCAUGUUAUAUACUGUCAAAAUGGUCCAAAGCUGAAUGUAAUCCCCGUGCUGGCCUCUAGAUCCCAAGCCCUCAGCUUUGGCAUGCCUUCUGGUUCUUCACUGGGUGUUGCCAGUCUCCACCAUCCUUAA